CUCGCGCACCGUCGGUCCUCCAUCCGGAUCAUUCCCACAUCCACCUCGCAACAAAUCAUCUCAGCUUAGAGUGUCCAACCCGAAUAUCAAACGAUGGAUGUCACCGUGGUGAAGCAACUCAGGCGGGUCCGCACGCUCGGGCGCGGCGCGUCCGGCGCCGUCGUGUGGCUAGCCUCGGACGAAGCCUCCGGAGAGCUCCUGGCCGUCAAGUCGGCCGCUGCCGCGGGUGGCGCGGCGCGGCUGCUGGAGCGCGAGGGGUGCGUCCUCACGGGGCUCUGCUCGCCGCACAUCGUGCCCUGCCUCGGGUCCCGCGCCGCGGAGGAGUGCGGCGAGUACCAGCUCUUCCUCGAGUUCGCGCCCGGCGGCUCGCUCGCGGACGAGGCCGCCAAGAGCGCCGGGGGCCGCCUCCCGGAGCCCGCCAUCCGGGCCUACGCCGGGGACGUGGCGCGCGGGCUGGAGUACCUCCACGCGAGGUCGCUGGUACACGGGGACGUCAAGGCCAGGAACGUGGUGAUCGGCGGUGACGGGCGCGCCAGGCUGACGGACUUCGGCUGCGCGAGGCCCGUGGAUUCCUUGCUCCCGAUGGGCGGCACGCCGGCGUUCAUGGCGCCCGAGGUCGCACGCGGCGAGGAGCAAGGGACGGCGUCCGACGUGUGGGCGCUCGGCUGCACCGUUGUCGAGAUGGCCACGGGCCGCGCGCCCUGGAGCGACAUGAGCGAUCUCUUCGCCGCGGUCCACCGGAUCGGGUACACGGCCGACGUGCCCGAGGUGCCGGGGUGGCUCUCGGCGGAGGCGAAAGACUUCUUGGACGGCUGCUUCAGGAGAACACCCGGUGACCGGUCCACCGCAGCGCAGCUCUUGGAUCACCCGUUCAUCACUUCGGUCGCCGCCCGCGACUGCUCCAGGGCAGAGCCAGAGGCCGCGAAGAAGCAGGGAUUCGUCAGGUCUCCCAAGAGCACGCUGCACGACGCGCUCUGGGACUCGGACAGCGACGACGAGGCGGACGAUGUGUCGACGACGGCGGCGGCCGAGAGGAUCGGGGCAUUGGCGUGCGCCGCCUCGGCCUUGCCGGACUGGGACUCGGAGGACGAAGGCUGGAUCCACGUACACGACGAGGUCACCAAGGUACCCGACUCGCCGCCAGCCGAUGCGGGUGACUACUUCGUCUGGGCCGAAGAAUCAGAACCGGAGUGUGAGCCGUCCUCCGCUGCUGCUGCGGAUGACAGUAACGGCGGCAUCCCGCGCAGUGCUGCAGGGUCAAUGGACGCCUCCAUUUGGCAGGGGAUUUACUUGUGUCCUGCGGCGCAUUUAGGCAGUGGUAAAAAUCUGUUCUCGCAUCCGUUGGAGCCUGACGCUGCUAAAACAAUGAGAUGUAAUCGUGCUUGUCACAUACACAGAGUAAUGAAAUCCACUUUAUUUGCUCAAAUUUCCCCUCUCAUUCCUCUCGUGCGUAUGCUUCUCGUCACAACUCUAUGAACCGAAUUACUUCAA